UUACACGGCUCUUUAUGUUUCAAUCGAUCCAUUACGUCAAAGCUGUAUUUGCUCACGCAUCCAGACUCCUGCAUCAUUCACCGAGGCGGUGGGCGUGGCCACGCACGCUCCGGUUGUGGAAGGAUUGAGUCCUGUCAGAGACAUAAGUAGGCAGGUUUGCUUUCAAACUUUACAUAUUGACCAAGAGCGCGAAGGUCGACGUAUCUACAAAAAACAAGAAGACAUGGACAGCAGACUGGUGUUUUUGGUGGCGUUUGUGAUCGCCUCUGCUGUGCCGUACACCAAGGCUAAUGGGAACAUAACAGCUUUAAAUUACACCUUGACCCGCAGUGACUGUGGAAAAACCAAAUUGUGUGUGGAAAAACCGACUGCAUGUGACCCUUCGGGCACCUCCGGGUGCUUCUUCACCUCUACGAGAAUCAGCAGCAUAGAUACGAGUCUGGCCUUUGAGCUCAGCGGUAACUCCACCGGUUACAUCGCCAUGGCAGCCGGAGUUAGCUCCAAUGUGUCUCAGGGGUCUAAUACGGUGUUUGUCUGUGGCAAUAACAAUGGCACGUUCUUCUUCCAAACCGCAAGACUCACAAACAAUACACUGGAGACAACAACUUCACCCAGUGUAAGCAACAUCCAGUACCGUCUGAAUGAGUCCAGUUUGAUUCAGUGUGCUUUCAACAUCCCCAUCAUUUCAAACUUCUCUGAAGCUCUAACCAACUUGGGCAUCAACUUCACAACGUUCAACAUGAGCAACCUCGCUAAUGCAAAGUUCGGAUCAUUCCUUGAGGUCUUUCAGGGUUCAAGCAAUGGUACUGCUCUCGGACAGCCGAAGAGCGCUUUUGGCUCCUCGUUUUCUGUAAAUCUGGCUAAUGUUAAUUCUACCACCACCACCACCAUCACCACCACCACCACGGCUGCACCAACCACAAAACCUACUAAAAAUGGCAGCACCUCGCUCUUCAGUCAUGCUGCUCUUUGCCUGCUCGCUGCAGUCGCUCUGCGUUUUCUCUGAAGGACUUGAGGAAAAGAUUUAGUAGUUGUGCAAUAAGCAUCUGUGAUGUAGAAUGUGUAUCUGAUGUUUACACCUCUGGUAGGAAGGGUAGGCUAUUCUUUUCUGAAGUACUGUAUGUCAAACAGACAUUUCACAAACAAAUUGUAAGUCCGCUGUGUUUUGGCAUUGGUCUGUAUGUAAAGCCAACUCUUUUCACUGAGGUGUUUUAAUAGUCCAGCAUCUUUAUUAUUUAUUGCUGGUGGAAAUGAUCAUGAAAACUAUUUUUUUUAUUUGAAGUUACAUUGAAGCUACACUGAUGACAAUAACACAUGAGUCAUUUAACAAAUUGAAUUUAACACAUGGUAAUUUAACAAGUGUAAUGAAUAUGACAAUAGUGCUCUUUUGUGAUGUUAAAUACUGAAGAUGAACACUAGACAAAAUUAAACUCCUUGUUUUGGGAAACUGUUGGCAUUGUCUCUCUUUCAUCACAUGCUUUUUUUCAUCUCAUUUAUAGAAGUGACCGGGGUCAAUUGUCACACUUAGAUUUUUCAUAUUUAAGUCAGACACAGAUCUUAAAGCUAUGAAAAUGUCUGUGAGGAAAAUGUGACAAAAUGGAACCUACCAUUAAAAAGUCUAUUAGGUAUUUCAGCUCAAUUUAAACAAUUAGACAAUAUAUAUAAAACAUGUAUUUACAGUGUAAACAUUGAGAUAAUGUUAAAAAAUUGACCUGAAAAAACAGUUUAACCUUCGUAUUUUAGUUCAGCACAUUUUAAAUAUGAUUCAGAAGAGGAGAAAAAUGUAUCUGACUAAUUUCCUUUUUUUUUAAACUCUAUCAUAAUAAUAUCAUUUUGGUGAUUUUUUUGGCUGUGAAUUUUGAUAUUGUAACAGCCCCAUGCAAAACCAACAUACAGGCUUAUUGAAUUUACCCAACAUUAUAGGAUUAGGAAAACUUCCUUAUGUAAGACUUCCAAUAAACACGUUAUGUGAUGUCAUAUUUUAUUUUAGAAAAAUAAAUAUUAUUUUUGACGUGAGCAAAAAUAUUUAUGGGACAUUUUUGUUACUGUAAUGGGGAUUGAAUUAUAUAUUCGUCUGAAUAUUUUAGUUAUUUGAUCAUCGUAUUACCUGAAUAAGAAUGUGUGAACAGGAAGGCAUAUGUGCGGCUGUGUUUAGUUUAAAGAACAGAUAAAGCACACAUUCUCCCUCUAUGAGAUGUUUUGAUAAACAGAUGUCCUUACAGACAUCGCCUUGAACCAGACAUAUACGUAAAAAUGCUUUCGGGACAAAGAAAUCUAAAGAUAAAUGGCAGAUGUAUUGAUUAUUGUUGUAUUGAUUUUUGAUGUGUUGUUGUUAUCCCUGAUCUUGGAGACGUCUAUUUGAUGUCUGAAUAUACAUCUGCAAGACAUAUUUUUUAUAUUGUUUGCUCAUCUGGAAUACGUCUCUGAGAUGUUUUCUGUCAGAUGUCGUAAACAUCUAGAUGUCUGUAAGAUGUUAAUCGUUUACAAUGUUAAACUGCCUUUUCUAAGACGUUUAUCAGAUGUUUUUACGCAGCAGAUGUUUUCCAGAUCUUUAGCAGACAUUUUACAGACGUACCUGUGCUAUUUGGGAUUAUUAUGAUCAAAACAGAUUAUUAUUAUUAUGAGGGCAGAUAGAAUAUAAAACAGCGCCCUCUGCUGUUGCAGGAUGCGUUCCAGCACAUCGCACACUAACUGGCACUAAACAUUACAUUUACAUUCAGUCAUUUAGCAGACGCUUUUAUCCGAAGCGACUUACAAAUGAGGUAAACAAUGGAAGCAAUUGGAAAAACAUAUACAACAAAAAGCGCAAUAGAACUGGUCUCAUAGAGCCCACCACAUAUACAAAUCUAAGGGUUUUUUGAUAGAAAGAGUAGAAAAGAGAGAUAGAAGUCAGAGCUGAUCGGUCAGGUGUUGACGGAAGAGAUGUGUUUUCAGACGAUUCUUAAAGAUGGCCACAGAAUGUGCUGAUCACAUCACAAAUGGGGAACCGAUCCAGAGAAGGUGCGGUACGCUAAAGCCGCGGGCAUACUUGAGUUUGUCCGUCUCGCGCACAGACGCGUCCGCACAGCUUCCUGCGCAUACUCAUCACGGAUUAAGUGCGGACGUCCGAGUUCAACACAUGCGCAAUACAUUAAACACGAAUUAACGCAUUCAUUUAAAGGUGGAAAAUGAGAUGUACUUUCACAUUUACUGUAUAAAAGAGAAGACAUGACAGGGAGAAAUUGUUUCAGAUUAUUGUAGGUGUAGGCCGAUUGCCCAUUAACAUUUUUUUAAAUAAUUGCCCUAAAUGUUUCAUUCCCCAAAUCUCUUUUAUGCUUACAGUUCAUCUGUCUCUUCUCUACCUGCACACACACAGACACACAAGAGCUUCUGCUAUGUUGGACCAUGUAAUAGAGGUCCUCACGGUUAUAAAUAGAGGGAAGUGAGUGGGAGCGUCCAGUAAUUUCUCUUUUUCCCCUUUACCAACUCUAACACGUGUUCGCAUCUAAUGCACCUGCUCGUACACCACUGCACGCUCUACUGUCUGACUCAAAUUGUGGGUUAAAAAUAUUUAAGAACUAGAAUUUCUUUUAUCGAAGAUGCAUUUGUGCACAUAGCAUACUUUUGAUAAAAAAGCAAUGUUAUAUAAUCCACUUUACUGUAUGUAACUACUCACUGCCCUUGGGACAUGACAUUCAGGGGUGUUUUUCGUGGAAGUAUAUGUUUUAGACUGAGUCACACUGAGAAAAAAACAAGUGUGGGUUAGAUCACCCAAGCACACACACACACAGGAAAAUACAUAGAAGUACUGUACAAGAUAAUGUGUCUGUUAGAGAGUAAAUGUGCCAUAAAUCAACAACAGAAUAAUACAGAGACACAAUCAUUUUGACUGUUUGAGUUGCCAUAUUUAUCACACCCGUCUCAAUGCAAUUACAGACGUCCUAUUAACUUUGAGAUCAGUGUCUAUAGAGCGCUCUCAUUAUUUUGUGCUAUUCUCAGACAUCUGUGGAGACUGUUUUAAUUAUAGUGGAAGGAGAAAGAGACGCUUAAAAUAGAUCCAAAUGUGACACUUUUCUUGAUUGAAUCUUCUUGUGCUUUUCUAUUGAAGUAGCAAUAAAUGAAUCUACUGUAUAGGUUUCACUGAAUGCAUGAGACCUUUGGCAAUAAAGAAAAAAUACAAUUGAAAAAGUACAUUUAAGUGAGUAUAGUAUCUUAAAAGGGUUAAAUUGUGGUUCAAAAGGGCAAAGUUUGACAGUAAACCUUGAACAUGUUUGAAAGUCAAACAGCGCUAUAAUGAAAUCCUGUCCAACAUGUCAAUAAAGAUAUGACUGUUUUGGUGAAAAAAAAACAAAUAAAUAAGAUAAUUCGUAACUUCAUUGUGUACU